AGCGUGGGAUUAGCAGCAGCAGGAAGGAAGGCCUCAGCACCUGACAGGAUGGGGCAGAGAGGGGCCGGACUUGUCUGGGCCGGACUGGAGGUGGACACAGAGACCAAGGACCCUCCGCUCCAGACCCACAUGUGGGUUGGACACACAAGCUCCAGUGGAGAGGCUCAUUCUCUGUCUUACGCCUGCACUUGGGACACACACACACACACACACACACACACACACACGCACACUCCCACACCGAGUACACACGCACGCACGCAGUGACACACAACGCGAGCGCGCGCGCACACAGUGACACCCUCACCCUCACACGCCCACACGCCCACACGAGAGGUGGCGUGCACCACAUCUCCGACGCCCGCCAGCUCGCAGCGCGUUGUGCUCCCCGCCUCCAUUGCCAUGGCAGAGGGUGCCUACCUAGGAUGGGACUUCAGCACCCAGCAGGUGAAGGUAAUUGCUGUUGAUGAAAAACUGAAUGUCACCUAUGAGGAGAGCAUUAACUUUGAUAAAGAGCUUCCAGAAUAUGGGACCCAGGGUGGAGCGCAUGUUCAUAGUGACAAGCUCACAGUGACUUCUCCUGUUUUAAUGUGGGUCAAGGCCUUGGAUAUAAUCUUGGAGAAGAUGAAGUCUUCUGGUUUCAACUUUUCUCGAGUCAGAGCUUUGUCUGGGGCUGGCCAGCAACAUGGCAGUGUAUACUGGAAAAGAGGGGCCUGCCAAACUUUGAGGAAUUUAUCUCCUGAUCUUCCUUUACACCAGCAAUUAAAGUCCUCUUUCUCACUCUCUGACUGUCCCAUCUGGAUGGACUCCAGCACCACAGUGGAAUGCCGCAACUUGGAGAAAGCCGUUAAAGGAGCCCAGAAUCUCAGCGAUAUCACCGGGUCCCGGGCCUAUGAGCGUUUUACAGGAAACCAGAUAGCAAAGAUUUUCAAGGAGAAUCCCGAUGCCUACUCACAAACCGAGAGAAUCGCUUUGGUUAGUAGCUUUGCAGCUUCCCUUUUCCUUGGGUCCUACACACCCAUCGAUUACAGUGAUGGUUCUGGGAUGAAUUUAUUCCACAUACGUAAAAAAUCCUGGUCCCAGCCCUGCCUAGAUGCAUGCGCACCGGAGUUAGAGGAGAAACUUGGACCGGCGGUACCCUCGAGUUCAGUACUGGGACCUAUUUCUUCCUAUUACGUUCAACGUUAUGGGUUCAACUCUGAAUGUAAAGUGAUAGCCUUCACUGGAGACAAUCCAGCAUCGUUAGCUGGAAUGAGACUGGAAGAAGAUGACAUUGCAGUCAGCCUUGGCACCAGCGAUACGCUGUUUCUCUGGAUCAAGGAGCCAACCCCGGCUUUAGAAGGCCACAUCUUCUGCAACCCUGUUAAUUCUCAAGAGUACAUGGCCCUUUUGUGCUAUAAGAACGGGUCUCUGAUGAGAGAGAAGGUCCGAGAUGAAUCUGCUUCAGGAUCCUGGGAUGAGUUCUCCACAGCACUACAGUCCACUGAAAUUGGAAACUGUGGAAAUCUGGGUUUUUAUUUUGAUGUGAUGGAAAUUACUCCAGAGACCACUGGGCGACACAGGUUUAAUGCAGACAAUCAGAAGGUAUUAAACUUUCCCAGAAAGAUGGAGAUCCGAGCUUUGAUUGAAGGACAGUUCAUGGCCAAAAGGAUUCAUGCUGAAAAGCUAGGCUAUAGAGUUGUGCCAAGUACCAAGAUUCUGGCUACUGGAGGAGCUUCACAUAAUAAAGACAUCUUACAGGUUUUGUCUGAUGUUUUCAAUGCCCCAGUGUACACUAUUGAAACUGCCAAUUCAGCUUGUUUGGGAUGUGCUUAUAGAGCAAUUCAUGGCCUUGCAGUAGGGGAAAUGUUUCCUUUGCUGAUAUCAUGAAAUCAGCUCCGGAGCCCAGAUUAGCGGCCACACCAACUGCUGGAGCAGCUCAGGUCUAUGGGCCACUCCUCAAGAGGUAUGCUGAGUUGGAGCAGCAAAUUGUCCUGCAGUCUCAUGCACCACCCAACUGAAAAGUCAGGGUUCUAAGAGGCUGCCCCAGAAUUGCCAUGAAUGUUGAAAAGAGGAAUCAACAUGUUUUGAAAUUUCCUGUGAUUGCUCCUGUUUCAUCCUCUGGUUAAUCAAGCAUAAUGAAUCGGGGUCCAAUUCAACAGUCUCCUUCUCCAGGAAGCUGCCUUUCAUCACUGGUCUACGCUGAGCCCUCCUACAGCAAACCUGAUUGUGCACUGCCAUCACCUGUUGUCUAUUUCACUGAUGAAUCUUGUUUUCCAGCUAGACUGUAAUCACCUUGAAGAAAGGGAUCAGAUUCUAAGUAUAAGGUUUCCCUGACCAAUGUCUCACAAAAACAUCGUUAAUAGAUUUUAACUAAACUCCCUGAUAAAGUGAGGAACUGUAACAUGGUUUCACCUGAGCUUUUGCCAAAGUGGUUUACAAAGUUAGGUGGAACAUGCAUAUCACUUCUAUUCCAUGUACUUUCAAGCCUGAGCACUCAUUAAGGGCUUACAAAAAUGAAUUGAAAGCAAAAUAAAAAUAAUAAUGACCUACAUAUACAACCCUUUUAAGUUUACAUAACACUUCAUAUCUCAUUUGAGCUUCACAGUAAAGUGGGUAUGAAAAGUAUUAUUAUGUCCAUUCUGUAGAUGAAGAAACUAAGACUCAACUAGGAAGUAUGAGACAGGACUUGAACCCAGGUCUUCCUUACUCUGUUCUAACUACCACGUCAUGUCCUGUUCAAAAUCUGGGUCUUAGCAGUUAUCACAAAUAAGGGUCAGAUCAGUCAUUGGUACAGGCAGCCAGUGAAGGUUCCAACAGCAGAUAAUGGGAUGAAGGGCCCAAUAAACAGCAUCAGGAAAGUCAUAGCAAGAGAGAUUAAGGAGCUCAUCUUUGAGAGACAGAGCAGGGUAGGAAGUGCUAGGCAGGUAAAGUCACUGGGAAACUGGUACAAGGCAGGAACUUGUCAGUAGGGACUUGGAUGCGUCUAUUGUUUUGUGGUGAAAAGACUACUAGAUUUUGGAGUCAAAAGUCUUGGAUUUGAAUCCUAGCUCUGCUAUUUAAUACCAUGUUACCUUGAUCAAGGUAUCUUCUCUUUUAAGUCUAGUUUCUUCAUCUGUAAAAAUAUGUAGAAGGGGUUGGCCUAAAUCAAAGUGUCAAACUCCAAGGGGCUAGCAAAACUCUGAGUGCCCUACAACCAGACUAAGAUGUAAUUGGGAAAUGUUUAACAAAAUAAAUAAAAAUACAAUAUCAUAUUGAUCAUA